AAUACGGAAUAGUAUAUCAAAUGGACUCCAAAUACGGAGUAAAAAAUAGGCAAUUUGAGGCGCAGGAUGAAAUAUUGAAAUCUCUAUAAAUUAUACGGAGUCUUUCGCCAUCGUCUAUUGACUUUUUAAUCUUUUUCUUGGAGCGUAAUCUCGUGGUCCUCCUUGUUCGUAUUCAUCAUCUUCAGAUAUGGGCCGGAAGUUCUUCGUCGGCGGCAACUGGAAAUGCAAUGGCACUAGUGAAGAGGUGAAGAAGAUUGUAUCAACACUCAAUGCUGGCGAAGUUCCACCUCAGGAUGUUGUUGAGGUUGUUGUGAGCCCCCCAUAUGUGUUUCUGCCAUUAGUAAAAGGUUCUCUCCGACCUGAGUUCCAUGUGGCUGCCCAGAAUUGUUGGAUCAAGAAAGGUGGCGCUUUCACCGGUGAGAUUAGUGCUGAAAUGCUUGUCAAUCUGGAGAUUCCUUGGGUCAUUCUUGGUCAUUCAGAAAGAAGACUCAUCUUAGGCGAAUCAGAUGAGGUUGUUGGGGACAAAGUAGCUUAUGCUCUUUCUCAAGGUUUGAAGGUCAUUGCUUGUGUUGGAGAAACACUUGAACAGAGAGAAGCAGGAACUACGGUGGAUGUUGUUGCUGCUCAAACCAAGGCAAUUGCAGCGCGAGUGUCAGACUGGACUAAAGUUGUCCUAGCCUAUGAGCCUGUUUGGGCAAUUGGAACUGGAAAGGUUGCUUCACCUGCCCAGGCCCAGGAAGUCAUGCUGAAUUAAGGAAAUGGCUUGAAGCAAAUGUGAGCUCUGAUGUGGCGUCUUCCACCAGGAUCAUCUAUGGAGGAUCAGUAAGUGGUGCAAAUUGCAAAGAAUUGGCAGCAAAACCUGAUGUUGAUGGGUUUCUGGUGGGAGGAGCUUCUCUCAAGCCGGAGUUCAUUGACAUUAUCAAGUCUGCUGAAGUCAAGAAAAGUACCUGAGAAUGAUGCCCUUUGCAAUUUACAUAAUGGUUUUGCUAGAGUUGAUUUGAAACUUGGUGAGGUUGAUUAAGUCUUGAUUUAGUCAUUCUACAUGAACAUGAGCCAGCCUUUUUGUUGGAUGUUUCUUAUGCACGCAUAUAAAUUAUUUAUAUAAUAAAAGGAGGCUCUGUGUUUUGCAUUCUGUCUAAAGGUUACUUCAAUGAGGUUAUGCUCGCAGCUCGCAUAUAGAUUCUGUCUAAAGGUUUUUCUAAGAUGAAGUGGUGACUACUCCCUGUAUUAGUCUGUACACAUAUAAUCUCUUCAACUACUUUUCUUAAUCUUUAUGAAAAACCUUAAAUAAAAGGUAAUAAAGAAGAAACAAUGGCACUAAUAUAACUCCCCAAGUUUCUAAUUACAAAAUUAUGACCAAUUUGUGUUUUCCUCAAAAACUGACCCGAUCCCUCCGUCUUCCGCUUAAGAAUGGACCAGAUAUACACAUCACAUAUCUCCCUUUCAUCUCCCCCAGAUCUGCGCAUCCAGUCAUCCACCAGCUCCGCUGCAAAGGUCGUCGGCUGCCUACACAACCAGACGCCUUUCCUUCUCAAGCGGACAACAGUCUCUCACGCAGUUGCUCUCACGUGAAAGUCGGCCCACUGGCUUGAGCCGCUCACCUCCUCUGUUGGCUCAAUUCUUCUUCUUCUCCUUUCUUUUCCGCAUACCACCGUUCUUAGAGGUCAGAUCUGAACGGUCUCCGCUUGAUGUGGAGCAUCUGGCCGACAUCGGUCACCUUUCGCUGAUGAAUAGAACUCGCAGUGGUGGACGACGUUAGGCUAUUAGACGAACAGAGGCUAAGAUUUGGGUUUAGAUGGUAGAAAUGGUGGACAGGGUCAGCUAGGGUUUGGUCUGGUCAAGGCAGGGCAGUAGAAGAGGG